AUGUGGGGAUCAAAUUUCAAUAAAUUCAAAAAUUAUUUAAACGAAGGAGAAUGCGAAACACACGAUGAUUGCAUGCAAAUAUUAGAAGGAUCUGAAUGCAAAAACAACACGUGUUCGUGUCCGACAUAUUGGAUUUUAAGCAACGAUAAAACAAAGUGUUUAAAAUUACCCACGGGAUACGGUUCUGAGUGCGAAGAAAGCAUACAAUGUUCAGAAACGUUGUUGAGCGGAGGAAUUUGCAUCGAUAACGUUUGUAAAUGUAAAAAAGGUUAUCACUAUUUGAAAGGAUCAUGUUGGAAAAGUAGAAAACUUCACGAAACUUGUCUGACGACGGAACAGUGUUACUCAAAUUCGGAUUAUAGAGGACAAGAAUGUAAAAACAAAUAUUGCCUUUGUCAAAAUGGCUACUACGAAAGGUUUAAUUCGACGUGUCGUAAAAUUAGAAACAUCGACGAUUCUUGUAACAUCGAUUCCGAUUGUUUUGACGAGGGUACCGUUUGUGAAAAAAUGAUUUGUAAAAAUAACGACACGAUUAAAUUUUCCAAUAAAUUUUUUUACGAAAACGUUAUCGAUAUUGUACGAUUUGACGACACCGAAAAAAAUUUAACGUGCCCUAAGGGUCACUUCGAAAUGAAUGGUAAAUGCGUCGUGGAAUUAGGAAUGAAAUGCACCGGUGAUGAUGAUUGUAAACACAUUUCAAAAUCCGUUUGUUUAAACGAUGUUUGUUAUUGUGACCCGGUUUUGGCAAUUGCCAGUGAGAAUAAUCGAAAAUGCAUGCAAGUUGCACGAGGAAAGAUGGUAAACAUUACAAAAUCCGUUUGUAAAAUUGAUCGUCAAUGUGCCGUUUACGGUGAAAAUAGUAUUUGCAUUAAUAGAAAUUGUCAUUGUAAAAAUGAAACUUAUUGGGAUUCGGAAAAUCAAUACUGUUGGAAAAUUAAAGGGAUUGGAGAAACAUGUUUGUCGGACAGAGAUUGUCACACGACGAGCACACAUGCGGAAUGUAAAGAAAAUGAUGCGACGAAACAAAAACUUUGCACUUGUCAAGAUGGCUAUUACGUAAAAAAUCAACAAUGCGUACCGGAAGCUGUAAAUGUGGGAGAUUUUUGUGAAGCCGACGAAUAUUGUUUAAUUGACAACAGUCAUUGUAACAAAACGACAAAUUCGUGCGUUUGCAACGAAUUUUACUAUCCAGAAAAUAAAAAAUGCAUGGCGGGUGUCGGUAGUCCGUGUGAUGACGAAAAACAAUGCGUCAAAAUAGAAAACACGAAAUGUUUACCGGAGAAAAAUUCAACUCGAAAAUAUUGUUUGUGUAAGGAAAAUCACAUCAACUCAAACGAUUAUAAAAAUUGUUUACCAGUUUCCGGUUUUGGAGAAAAUUGUUCAGCAUCGUUUCAAUGCAUACCAAAACUGGGAUCCUUAUCUGAAUGUUUUAAUGGUAGUUGUAGAUGUAACGAAACGGCUCAUUUAUACAAAGAUCGUUGUUUUAAAAGUCGAGUCAUAGGAGAAUCUUGUAAAAUGAAACAAGAAUGUAAUUUGGGAAAUGAUACGGAUAUUCAAAUUUGUUUAAAUGGAUUUUGUUCGUGUCACUGGGACUACGAACUCGAUGAAAACAAAGACUGCAUUAAACGAAAUUCGGGUUCGAGGAUACAAAAUAUCCUGGAGUGGACUUCUUUGACUCUGAUAUCGAUUAUCAUAGUUUUACGAGGGUGA